GCCAGUCUAGUCACGCAUCUUGCGCUUCACUCCUUUCCUCCCUCCGCCUCCAGCUAUUCCUUCUCCUUCCACGUCGUCGCCGUCACACGGUUCUUGCGACCUCUGCUCUGCGCCUUCGAGUUUUUGAGCGCAUUCGCCGUCUUCUACCAAAGGAUUUUGUGGCCAUUGUCACUGGGAGAAUGAAACACUCAGCGCUGUCCUGAACUCUUGGAAGUGCUUCUGAGAGCAGUUUACUGUAUAUAUAUAAAAAUAAACUUGGAAUGUUUUAGAUAUCUGUGUUCUUAAGGGAAAAUGUGAUGGUGAUCGAAUAAGGAUUAUAAAAGGUAUGCUCAGCAGGCCUUUGUAAAUACAAAUCGGUACCGAAUCUUUGCAUUAAUCGAAAGGGUUGCUGUAAUUUCCCCGGAAAUAUGCGUAGACGCUCGGACGUUCAUUAUGUCAGUGGAGUGCGGUGUUAUUGAAACAAGGUUGGACGGAGGGGCCUCAUUUUCUGUUGAAGCCUGAUAUAAUUAAGGGUGCGGUAUGGUAGAGCCUGCUGGAGCAAUGGCGAUGUUUGUCCUUCGCCUGGCAGGGCUUCUUUCUCUGGAGAAUGCCCUGCAGGAUCAGAAAGACAAUCUGACGGAUUCGGUUUACAACUUCACGGAUAUUGCCAUUAAUCAAAGUGUGUCUGGGGUUAACCUGUCUUGGGCAGGGCUGGAUGCGUCUAACCCUGCAACUGCUGCGAAUGUUCCGGGUGAGAGCUCCUCAGCAAUUGAUCUUCUACAGACAACAUCACCAACACUGCAGUCGUCUGCUCCCAGUACCACUGUACCCUUUCCACCUUCCACCAUCACUUUACAUAGUACAAAUAUUAUAACCUCAAUGCCAAAAACCACAGCGCCGGUUCAUAAAACUCCUGUGCCACCGAUUAAUGUAAAUUUUAAUAGAAAUACCAAAAAGAUUAAUAGAAGAAGAAAUCACACAUCUAGUGCCAGAAGAAGAAAACUCACAAAAGGGCAGUCACAAAGUGAACGUACUGACCUAAUCAGAUCUAGUCAUACAAUUCAUGGUCAGUCUAGUGGAACUGAAGAGAUGCUUCCUUUAGCAGAUGCUAGCACUGAUCAACAGAUACCAAAGCCUGAACAUUAUUCCGAUGACCAAAGUAUUGGAGAUAUUCCCAAGACUGACACAGAUGAAAGGGAAUUAGAAGACCCGACACAGACUAAAAAGGAUUUUGAUGAGGCUAUAACUUCUGAUUCAUCUAGUCAUCCUCAAAGUCAAAUUAAGUUAGGAAGAUCUGACUAUUCAUCAGAACUUUAUCCAGAGUCUUUUUCAGUCAUUACUCCACUACCAGUUACUGCAACCAUGCAACCUACAGCGGAAACUGAUGAGUUGCCAUCUAUGAGCCCCACACAGAUGGCCACUGACAAGCCUCAGCCUAGGCUUGAAAUGCUUGCUGAGGACGAUGGCGAGUUAUUAGGUUUACUUGACCACCAGAAGCUGAGAAGCUUAGAAGCGCCUCCUGAAGAUUAUAUUAGAAGUGACUUUGAGUACUACGAUUUCAGUGUUCAUCAUGAAGAUGCCUUGCAAACAGAAGCUCCAACGUUAUCCUCUCUGAACUUGGUCAGUCCAGUGCCAUCUGGACGGUUUGUAGCGCCUGAGUCGGUACCAAGAAAGAAACCAGAAGAGAGAACUGAGCCACAGCCAAGUAGACCAAGAAAGUUGCCCCCAGCAAGACCAAUUCCUCCUUCUCAACCAAGGUCAGGGUUGAGAAAUAACCCGUAUCCCUAUGGCCCUAAGCUUCUGCCCGGGCCUUAUGCACCUCUGACGCCAAAUUUACCCUCCCCGGCCACUGACGAUGAGACUAGAGGAAGGCACGUUCCUACAGAGUACAGCUACGAGGAAGAUUUCGAGUAUUACUACGAUUCUCACGAGUCUGGGGAUUCGAGGUACGAAGUGCAGACGAAAGAGCCUCCGGUGCUCUUUGUUUUCGACAAACCUGGCUACUCACCGGAAGCUCCUACCACUCUACUGCCGGCAACGCGUUCCCCAACACCGAGUGACCCGUGGGACUGUGCCCCCAGGUGCCCCAGAUACACGCUGCUGGACUGGAACACUGACUAUGACGUCAGACAGUACCCCAGGACCACUUGGGUCAGCACCGUUAUCAUUUCUGAAAACCGGGUCUUGGCUGAGCUUGAGGGGUACAUGCGAGUCCAGGAUUACUUCUACGGUCUCAAUGAUCAAGGUUUGGUGUUGAACCUCACCGUCCCCUUCGUAACGCAGAUCAAGUUUGGGAAACACCCGGGCGUCCUCCACGAAAUGAACGAUUACACAGUCUCUCUCUACGUCCAGCCCAGCGCCACGCCGAACGCCGUUGAAUUGCCGACGCCGAUCAGCAAUGAGGUGUUGGUGGACGACCUGGAAACUAAGACUGUGUUUGUGCAUAGCUUCGAGGCGAACGUCUGGGAUGUGACCGAAAAAUUUCUGGAGACAAAGGUCGAGACGCUGAUGACCCAGCUGCGGCACAACGGAGAGGCCUUCCUGGACAGAUACUACUACCUCGCCUCCUACAGUAGGCCGGAGUUGUACCAACCGGUGUAUUACGAAGUGUGGGUAUAUGCCACGAACUUCAGGGAUCCCCAAACGUCUUCUGCGUCCGCUGGCAUCGGGAGGUUACCUCAGACGAAUAAGGUCACCCAGAAAACAUUGAGUAAACUCUGCAGAGGUGUUGAGUGCCCAAACUUCGAAGUGAUCAGGACUUACAAAUAUGGCAUCCAGAAGAGGCGGUAUUACAACGGGCUCUUUGCCUCAACGUUUCCCAAGGAGUGUCAGUUCACAACAAUGAGCGUCUGGAAAGGAUUCAUGCCUCUUCAUCUCUAUAAACACGGAAUCAACUCCCACAUGGAAGUGAUCGAGGCGACGCGCCCCAUUGCCCUUGUCAACAUCCGGGACUCGAGCGACCCCAACACGGAAUGUCCCCAAAACAUGACUAUGUCUCUUUACCUCCCGAAGAGGCUUCAUUCCAACCCUCCCAUUACUGGAUUCGCGGCACCCGAAGUCCACAUCACAUCGUUGAAUGACGUCAUCGUGUACGUCUACACAGUCGGCGGUUAUUUACUGGAUCCGCAGCGAGUCCGGAAGGAACUGGCGGACAUGAAAUAUAGACUCACGGAAUUCGGCGCCUGCUACAAAGACGACGAAUAUUACGUCGUCAUUUACGACUUCAUAGUCAGGUACCACGGCAGGCAAAACGAGAUCUGGAUCGUUGCCGAAAACUGCAAGGCCACACACAACGGCUGAUCGUAGGGGAAUGAAGCAGUAGUGGGCCUGGCACUUUCUGGAAAACAAAAAAUAGACCCCUUAAGAAGGCAUCCUUUCGAAUAUAAGCUUUUUUAUGGCUUUAGAAUGAUAAUUUUAUGUUAAGUUAUUCGUUCUAAGAUAACACAUUUUAGCCAGUGUUCGUAAGGCCUCUAAACAUAAUAUGUAGGAGUUUGUUGCAUGAAUAUACAUUGUAAAAAGCGUUUCACCAUUGUUCAUAGGUUAGCACUGGUGUUUUUAUGUAAAGUGGUAUAAACGAUGAUACAUCCCUAUACCCAACUUUCAGUCGAUUUUCUGAGUUUCUGAUAUUUACUCAAGAUCACACAUUAGAGAAUAAUGUGUCAUUAUCAUUGCUGAUCAUGUCAUGGGGUCUUCUUAGAUAGAAUGAAAUAUAUGUAAUUUUAGAAACCUUAAUUUGAUAUGUACGAUGCCUUGCUUUAUGACUAGACUAUACGGAGAUUGCAAGAUCCAGCACUUUUGAAUUCACAGGACCAAAGUUAGUAGUACUACUAUAACACUCAAAAUAUCUACAAAAAUAGUGACAUGUUUCUGAAUUAAGUAUGUUGAUUGUAACGUCACCGUUGAUUUCUGAGGAAGUAAAAUGUGUAAUAUAAUUAUCAUAGAAUUAGAUAUUCUAAGAAGGUACUUAGCAAACGAUAUUAUACAAUAAGUAUUUAAGAGAUGCUUCUCUGAACAACAAAUUGAUGAUUGUAUGUUAUUGUGUAAAUACAGAGAACUUAAUGAUUUGUUCCGUUCAUCCUAAGCAUAUGCUCAUAAUGCUAAAAGCAGUGUUCAUUUAUUUAUAAAUGUAAAUUGGGAUUUUAAUCCUGUAUACAAUACAUGCGCAUACGCAUGUAUUUAAAUGUAAUGCAUACAUGCAUAUAUGUUUACAUGUACAUUUUCACAUUUUGACCCUUAUCUGAUUUAUAUAUAUGUAUAUAU